UAAUAGCAUAGCGACAAAGAUGAGUCCUAUAUCUAUCUCUAUGUAAAUAACUGCUCAAUAUUAUUUGCAGAUCAGUCAGUCAAAAUGUACCCAUGAUACAACACGGUUUUGACGCGCUUGAACACGGCCAUUAGGUGGGAAGGCCACUGUUUGCAAUUGGGACAUAUGUUUUAUCGAUGAAUCUAUUGUUUAGUCGUGUUAUUGAUAUAGUAAUGGAGCUGUCAUGUCAAUGCAACCUUUAAUAUUAGAAAUUCCUGGGCAUGCGUUUCGUGUUUAAUAUUAUUUAUUUUUUUAACAGACGAUUAAUUAUCAGUUUCUAAUGUAGUCACUGCUGGGUAGGUAAGGAGCACAUCAGGUGCCCAGUAACUAUAGCUAGCAUAACUUCCGAUAACAAGAACAGUAUGCUAAUAUUCCAAAUGUUGGUGGUCGUCGUCUAGCUACGUAUUUUUGCCCCCCAAAAAUGUACGGUAGCCAAUGUUUACAAUCUCGCUCGAGCAUUGUUUUGUGCGUUAUUUCGCAACACGAGAAGGUUGCCAUUUUCUCGUAGUUAUUGCAUGGACAUCAUGAUUGCGCGCGACUUGCGCACAAUUUUUAUAUUUGUGAAUUCUCGUGAUAUUCCAUGAUUUGAUUAGUUUAUUCGCGUUAAUACCAACCACCCUUCCUCGAAUAUCUAUGGAGGGGGACGAGGGAAACCGCGACCAAUCGUCACGGGAAGAGUGGACACUCCUGUUUUGGACCACUCUCGCUGUCGUAGUGCCCGUGAUCAUUACUUUGUGGUGCAGUGUCCAACGCUCCAAACGGAAAAUACACAUGAAAGACUUCUUCCGCAAGAGCAAGCACGGUUGGCACUGCACCGACCUGUUCAACAAGCCCACCUAUUGCUGUGUAUGCCAACAACACAUUCUACAAGGGGCGGUCUGCGACUGCUGCGGAGUGUGCGCCGACGAGACAUGCCUGCGUCGCGCCGACCGGAGCCUUGUGUGCAAAGAGAUCAUGGCUCCGUCCCGAACGGAUGGGACACUGGCGCACCGCUGGGUCCGGGGAAACGUCCCUCUCUGCAGUGUCUGUGCGGUCUGCAAGGAGCAAUGUGGGAACCAACCGAAGCUGUGUGACUUUAGGUGUGUGUGGUGUCAGACCACGGUGCACGACGACUGCAAGCUCAGCCUGUCGGACGGGGAGCGCUGUGAGCUGGGCGAGUUCCGCAGCCUCAUCAUCCCCCCUCACUACCUCCACCACGUCAACAAGCUCCGCCGCAGGCACCCCGAUGAGUACAGCAAGGUCAUAGGUCACACCCAGGGAGGGCUGGCAUCUGCCUGCGGGAGCGGCUGGACUCCAGUGCUGGUCCUGGCCAACACUCGCAGUGGGAACAACAUGGGGGAGGCUCUGCUUGGAGAGUUCCGCACCAUCCUCAACCCUGUCCAGGUGUUUGACCUGUCAGAGCUGCCUCCCUCUAAGGCCCUGCAGCUGUGCACCCUGCUGCCUCCAGGCAGUGUGAGGGUGUUGGUGUGUGGGGGGGACGGAACCGUGGGCUGGGUGCUGGAUGCCAUCGACACCAUGAAGCUCAAGGGCCAAGAUCAGUUCAUCCCCAGGGUGAUGAUCCUGCCCCUCGGUACGGGGAACGACCUGUCCAACUCCCUGGGCUGGGGGUCGGGCUACGCCGGGGAGAUCCCUGUGGAGCAGGUGCUCCGGAACAUCCUCGAAGCAGAGGUGGUCAAGAUGGACAGGUGGAAAGUUCAGGUAGCCUCAAAGGGGCUCUACUUUCGUAAGCCAAAGGUCCUGUCCAUGAAUAACUAUUUCUCAGUGGGCCCGGAUGCCCUGAUGGCGCUCAACUUCCACACGCACCGUGAGAAGACCCCCUCCUUCUUCUCCAGCCGCAUCAUCAACAAGGCUGUAUAUUUUAUGUAUGGCACCAAAGAUUGCUUAGUUCAAGAAUGCAAAGACCUGGAUAAGAGGAUUGAGUUGGAGCUGGAUGGAGAGAGGGUGGCCUUGCCCAGUCUGGAGGGCAUCAUCGUGUGUAACAUCGGCUACUGGGGCGGAGGCUGUCGUCUGUGGGAGGGCAUGGGGGACGAGCCCUACCCCCCUACGCGGCUGGAUGACGGGCUGCUGGAGGUGGUGGGUGUGUUUGGCUCCUUCCACUGUGCUCAGAUCCAAGUCAAGAUGGCCAACCCGGUGCGGCUGGGUCAGGCCCACACAGUCAGGCUGGUGCUGAAGACGUCCCGGAUGCCCAUGCAGGUGGACGGGGAGCCGUGGGCCCAGGGCCCGUGCACCAUCACCAUCACCCACAAGACCCAGGCCUUCAUGCUCUACCACAGCACCGAGCAGACGGACGACGACGACGAAUCCAGCACCUCCGAGGCUGAGAGCUCCGCCCCCCAUGACUCUCCCAAGCCAGCAGGUCCCGCCUCUGCUCGUGCCUGAGCCCCCAAGUUCCACCACCUCAAUGUUUCAUCCAUACCCCUCCUCUGUUUGUUAUAGUAAAUGCUGAUGACAUAAUGCCACGAUUGCACUCCCCAGAUGAUGAUAUAAGCCAGAGCUCAGGCAUAUUCCCGCCUCGGGGUAAAGGAAGGAAGGAGAUGUUUCAGUGGAUGAUGGGCUGUAUAUUUGCACUGAUCCCUUGUUUUAUAGUUAUAACAGUUCUAUCGUUUGAAUAGUUUGGCAGUGUUUCCCAACAUGGACCCCGUGUGUCCCUGACUCAAGAGGAAGCAUUGACCUCGACACUCCGACUCCUAUGAUAGAAUAUAUAUUUAUAUUAGUAAGUCAAUCACUGGACGUUUGUUUUGUUAACUCUGUAUUUCAUGAUGAUGCACUGUUACUGCCAUGUUGGCCAAAUCCCCUAUUACAUGUGCUGUAUUGGGCAGACAGUAGUUAGUAGUUACUAAGUCUUAAGAAAAUGUUACUUGACUAUAUUUCUUAUAAUGAGUUUAUUAGGACUCCCAAGUUAACCAUUCCUAGUGAAAUAUCCGUUGCUUUUGAAGGAUUUAAUCACAGUUUUUUUCAUUUCGACCUUGUAAUUUUUGGAGACAAAAUGUCUACCACUAUAAUCUAAUGUCUGUUAGCAUGCUCCUACUUUUUUUGCAAUAUUUUUGUUCUUUUCUUAAAUUAUACCUCUUUGUGUUGGAUACUUCUUGUUGCACUGUAGGAAUUACUCCAUAGGAUAUAGUUAGAAUUGUACCAUCCCUCAAAACCGAGUUGCAACUGCUCAGUGUUCAUAGGUAUAGUUGUAUUACACUGUCCGUAUCUAUUUUGUUUAUGUUGUCUACGAUGGAAAGAUGGUUUAUUUCAAACACUUUUUAGUGUCUUCAUGCUGCUUAGCACUAGACAAACCGCUAGGUCACACCCUAUGUCUGUCACAUAGAAAUAGGUGAGCAUCUAGCCAUUCUAUUUCUAUGGUGUGUCGACUGUCAAUGUUUAUUACCUCGGAAUGUUUUAAUGAUCUGUGAUUGGGGUUUUUCUGAAUCUUUGUCACCUUUCAAGAAUGUCACCUUUUUUUUUUGUCAUUUUAGUGAGGUCAAGGUUCGAAGUUGAGAUGAUAUCAGGUUUGUUACAGCCAUAAUAAAGUUAUAGGGGGUGUUCCAGGUCGACUCUUAUGCAGUCACGCUGCGCACCUGGUUCCUAAGCACUUCUGCAGGUCCCUAAGCCCGUGGAACCAGUCUGAUCACUGCGUUUGCCAUUCUAUUUCAAAUCACGUGCAGUAGAACAGAACUGUUAACACAGCAAUCAGAUUGGUUCCACCAGGUUACCAGGUCCCCCCUGUCCAUAUAAGCUUAUUCAGUGUGAGCUAUAAGGGAAAACUGAUCCUAGAUCAGCACUCCUAAUCAUCUGUGCAGCGUGACUGCAAAAAAAUAUAACCUGGAAGGUCUCCUAAAAGUCUCGGCGCUUAAGAGAUUAAGCCAGAGCCAACCAGUGGCAUCAACUGUAUAAUGGGAGGAUGGUCAAUGUUAACCUAAAGCUUCGGAGGUCCAUAGUUAUCAAUAUAAUGCUUUGUGAUAUAUAAGUGCUUACAUUCCCUUUGUGUGUGUUAAGCCGUUGGGUAAUCGUCUCGUUGCUUGAGGACACCCAUUUUAUGUGUAUCUGCGCUUCUACUGUAUGUUUACAACAAACCUGAAUGUUCUAGAAACAGGUCUGAGCAUCUCAACUGUGGACGGAAAUGUUAUUUCAAACAGUAUAGGUCAGGGGUACUCAACUCUUACCCUAUGAUGUCCGGAGCCUGCUGGUUUUCUGUUCUACCUGAUGAUUUGCACACACCUGGUGUCCCAGGUCUAAAUCAGUCCCUGAUUAGAGGGGAACAAUGAAAAAAUGCAGUGGAACUGGCUUCAAUGUCCAGAGUUGAGUUUAAUGGGUAUAGAGCCCCACACUGGAGGUGUCAUAAUACCCAUAAAACCUAGCGGUCAAACAGGGAAAUGGUUCCAAUAGUUUUUCCACCAUUCAGCUCUCCUAUUUAAAAAAAUAGGCUAACCCUGGCGUGACGUUUUGAUAAUCAUCGAACUCUCUCGGACAAGGUGACUUAUCAAUAUAUUCAGCUCCAUUUACUCUUAGAUUUGAAAAUGCUAAUUAGCAUCAAAGUGGAAAUGCAAAACUACAAAUCCCCGCAAGCUCCUGCAUGUCAUCGCUGGGGGAGUAAAUACAGGCAAAUAUAUUUAUAAAGGUCACCUUUUACUAGAGAGAUUUGUCUGGUUAUCGAAACAUCACGCCAGGGUAAGCCUACAAGAAACACAGCCCCUUAUUUGAAAUGUUUCAAAAAAAAUCCCCCAUGGGAUGUGACUGCUAGGUUUUAUGGGUAUUAUCGCUCAUACUGUGGUACUUUAUAGGCUGUGAGUUUUUUUUUGAAAUGUCAAUGCAUUGCUGGAGAAAUAGCCUCAUUCCAUGUGUUUGUCGAAGAGCAUGUACUGUAUGCCACCGAAUGUUCUCAAUUAGAUUGUCUUCAGAUAUUGAAUGGUAAUGGAUAAUCGUAGUCUUGGUCGUUUAUGUACAUGUCAUUACGUCUACACUUAACGAUGGAAGGAGACCUGUGAUAGUCUAGUGCUGAUACAUUUUCCUGUAAAGAUUUGAGUAAAAUUUAUAGCGUACCACAAGGUACAGUAUAUUUGGAGAUAUAUUUAGCUACACAUUUAGUUUUUUGCAGUCAAACCACUACAUAAAAUGCACAAGAUUGCUGUGGGGAGUGUCAAAGAAAUCACUUAGUCAUAACAGCACUUUACUGGCAUAAUAGAAUGGAAUGCAUAUGACUCCAUUUUCUCUCCAUCGAAUUGGCACGGAAUUUGCCACCUGCUUCAUGGCCAUUUAAAAAGAAAAGAUGGAUAAAUUACUUUUAUUGUAAGCAAACAAUGAAUCACUUGUAAAGCAAUUAAAAAACAGAGGAACAUUGAAGAGACAUAAUGAUGAAAAUAAAUCGGCUUUACUGAAUUUGCUACUACAGAUGUUGAAACGGAUCAUUUCACUGAAUGUAAUAAGCAAUGUAAAUUAGGAUUUGGAAACACCAAUAAUAAAUAUUUUCAUAUAUA